CAGGUUAUUCCAUCCAUGGAUUUAUUCUUCCCUGAUGGAGCGGGCAUGUUCCAAGAGGACAAGGCCAGGAUCCAUCGGGCUCAGACUGUGAGAGAGUGGUUCAGGGACCAUGAGACAUCAUUUCACACAUGGAUCGGCCCCCACCGAGUCCAGACCUGAACCCGAUUGAGAAUCUUUGGGAUGUGCUGGAGAAGACUUUGCACAGUGGUCCGAAUCUCCCGUCAUCAAUACAAGAUCAAAAAUAAUGCAAGACAGAAAUAAAUGGUGAGACAUUGCAGCAGCUUGUGGAAACGAUGCCACAGAGAAUGCGUGUUGUGUCAGUUGGUGUUAUUCCUCCUACGGCCUCUAGGGGCAACCAAGAGAAAAUCCCAACCCACACAUGAAAACAAACUUCGACUCAGAGCGAUGUGACUCCAUGGAUAAGCUGGAACAGACGAGAUAAUGCUAUAGAGUCGAGAGGUUUUCAAGAUGUCCUCAGGCCACAGGCUGCGGGACGUGGAGCAGCAGCGCCCCCUGCUGGUCGGGGAGGAGGAGGGUGUGCAGGCGGUGGAGAGGAUUCCCCACGGAGAGGCGAAGCCACUCUGGUUCAUCCCGGACUGCUGCGGCAUGGUGUGCGCCUUCAUCACCUGGUUGCUGGUGUUCUACGCCGACUUCGUGGUCACCUUCGUCAUGCUGCUGCCUUCCAGGAGCUUCUGGUACGCCGUGAUCAACGGGGUCCUGUUCAACAGCUUGGCGGUGCUGGCGCUCGCCUCCCACCUCCGAGCCAUGCUGACCGACCCGGGAGCCGUUCCUAAAGGAAACGCCACGAAGAAAUACGUGGAGAGUCUGCAGCUGAAGCCGGGCGAGGUCAUCUACAAAUGUGCAAAAUGCUGCAGCAUCAAACCUGAGAGGGCGCAUCACUGCAGUAUCUGUAAGCGCUGUAUCCGUAAGAUGGACCACCACUGUCCCUGGGUGAAUAACUGUGUUGGUGAGAAAAACCAGCGCUUCUUCGUCCUCUUCACCAUGUACAUCGCUGUGAUCUCCAGUCACGCUCUGGCUCUCUGCGGGUAUCAGUUCAUCACCUGCGUCAAGGUGCAGUGGAGCGAGUGCAGUGACUUCUCUCCUCCGGUGACGAUGCUGCUGAUGAUCUUCCUCUGCAUGGAGGCGCUGCUCUUCUUCACCUUCACCUCCGUCAUGUUCGGCACUCAGCUGCACUCCAUUUGCAACGACGAGACGGAGAUCGAGCGUCUGAAGAACGAGAAGCCGACGUGGGAGCGUCAGACUCGCUGGGCGGGGCUGCGCUCGGUGUUUGGGGGCGGCCCGCCCUCUCUGCUGUGGAUCAACCCGUUCUCCGGACUCAAACUACCGACCCUGCUGCCCCGACGCUCCUGGAGAGGGGGGGCCGAGUUCUCCGUCUGACAGGCUGUCAAACACACAACUCCGACGGGGGGGGGGCUGUAACCCUGAAGAGGACAGCGGGGGCUGCAGAGCCUCAGGACUCAGAGCCCAGAGAGAUCUCCGUCAGGCAGGGGCUUCAGGCUUGUGUGUGUGUGUGUGUCCCCUCAGCUUAAAGACGCUGUUGGAUGUGAUGGAGGGUUUCCGUUCACACUGAACGACAGCAGAUUCAGACCACAGUUCCUCUCAACAUGGACUAGAUCAAAAUAUCAGAGUGAAGUAAAACAAGGCACGUUUAUUUAUACAGCCCAAUGUCACAAAACCCCCUCCUCUCAGGGGGCUGUACAGAUCCACAAACAUAGAUGACAGUGUAAAAUAUAAUUCAAAUAAGCAGAGAAAAUGUCGACACAACGUAAGCAAAAACACUUCAAGCAUUAAGUGUGGUAACCAGAAACACAUAAGAAAGGAUAUCUGAAAACAGUCGAGAGAGAAAUGUAAGACAGGUGUAAAGUGUAAACGCUUCGGGAAAGAUAUGAAAAAAUAACUGAAAUAUUUGAAAGCAGCUGCAAAAAGAAAAUCUUCCAUCUGGAUUUAAAAGAAGUAACGUGGAGCUGCAUGUGUUCGGCACGGAUCCUCUUAAAGGGGCCCUGUUUAACUGAUUUGGGGUUUUCCCUCUCCUGUGUUCUAUAGGCUGUAGUGCAUGUAAAUGGUCUGCAAAGGCUAAAAUCCCUGUGUUCCCUCCAGAGGGAGUUUCUGUACUACAUACACCCCCCCCCCCCCCCCCCCCCGCCUGAAAUGCCCUAAUUUGACUCCUUUGUUUACUUCCGGAAUAUGGUGACACUCGUGCUUCUAUUGGCUAGUGCUCCAACACAUUGUAUGUGCUAAGGGGCGGGACAUCUCUAGGCGGUUGACCAAUCACAGCAGAGCCGACCAGCUAACCAAUCAGAGCAGACUGGGCACUGGCUUCAGACAGAGGGUGAAAAGAGGUGCUGCAGUACAGGCAGUCUGAGAAACAUAAAGAGCUUUCUGAACAUUAAAGCAGGAGACAUGUCCCAGGAGAGACACUACAAACCGAUAUCAGCUGAACAUAUUUCACAAUGAGGUUCCAUCCGUUACCGGGAAUCAUAUCAAGUCCAAAUAAUCACAGCUGGUUAUUUGUUCCAAAUCGUGCGGCGCUAGUCUGAAUGAUUUUUCUUUUUGUAUUCGCUCGUUGAGAUGCUGGAUUUUCUGAAAGCAGCUGCUGCCUACAGACAUUACGAUGUGAGGAAACAGACUACAGCUGCUCUGAUUUUACUUUUGGGUGAUUUUAGGAGUUUAUCUGCACUGUUCGCACCAGGGUUUCUGUAAUACUGAAAGACAAACAAUAAAAUAGCCUUCAAACUAAAUGAAAGAGAAUUUGUAAACCUUUUAAAAUGCUCCCCUCUCUUCGGAGACAGUGUCUGAUUAUCCCACAGUAUUUUCCUUAAAUUAAAUCUGAUUAGAAUCACAAAAUGGAGGGAUUUAGAAACCCUGGUAUGCAUCGAUAUAUAAACGAUAAAUAAUGUAUUGUAAUGGUUCUUCCUUUCUGUUGAUUUGAAAUCAGAUCAUGUAUUUUCUGUCCUGUGGAGUUUUCUUGUACACAAAGACAAGUUAUAGAUGGUUCAGUUUGAGUUCCUCUCUAAAACACACUGUGGGGAUCCUUAAAGCAUAGAGUGAUUCAUAUAAAUUCACUUUCUUCACUUUCAUUUUAAAUCCUGCAACUACAAUUUAUCCUUGGCGCUAUCAAAUGGUUUAAAAUGGAAAACAUGCUGAACAAAUCCAAACCAUCAUUAUUGUUUUCUUCUUGAAAUUGGAAUGGUUGCAUAAAUCAAACACUGCAAUGUUUUCUAACUUUGAUUCCAACGUUUCUACAGGUCCAAAGUCAGAGCACAAUUGGGUUUUCUGCAAGAACUUUCUUCCUGUUAAAUCUCUCUUUCUUUUGACGUGUGUUCCUGUGAGUGUUUUUAGUCAGAUUCAUCAAAAACUGCACAAACGUGGCGUCAAUAACUUGUUUAAAUGUGAUGAACUCUACCUUCAUAAGGCAGCCUGUUCUACGUUUCAUUCAGAAGAAUGUCUCCAAAAACACUUUGCCUCAAAGAGUGAAGUUUAGCUGUCAGACAUUAAGGAUUGUAAAAGUUGUCAUGCCAAAACACUCCAGUAUUCAGCAUUAUUGAAGCUCUGGUAAUGGUAUCUCUGUUAGCCAUAGCUCUGCGGGCUAUAUAUAUUCCCAUAACCCUCAGCGGGUCUUUGUUUUAAGUAUGAACAUGCCAAUGUUAGCAUGCUAACACAGGCUCAACUAAGACCAUGCUAAACAGAAGCAUGUUAGCAUUUAGCACACAGCCUCACAUGCUACUAGCGUUUUUAUUCUUCAUUUUUUUGGAGUCGAAAUGAUCACACCAAACACUGUAACUCCAAGAGUGAAGUUUUGCUGUCAGACAUGAAGGAUUGUAAAAGAUGUCAUGCCAAAACUCAAGUAUUUAGCAUUAUUGAAGCUAAUGUUAUUUCUAUUAGCCAUAGCUCUGCGGGCUGAAGUAUUGAUCUAUCGUUGGGAUUUAUUUAGUUCAAUACUUCAGAUUUUGACUAAAGAUCUCCAGAAGGAUUGACAUUCCCUAUAAGCCUCAGCUGUUUUCUGUGUUCAUUGUGAAUUUGCCAAUGUUAGCAUGCUAACACGCUAAACUAAGACCAUGCUAAACAUAAGCGUGUUAGCAUUUAGCUCACAUGCUACUAGCGUUGCUUCAGUUUUCUUCCUUUCUUUGGGUCGAUUUGGGGGAUUUUAACUACAAAUAUUAUACUUUAUGUUUGGAAAGCACCGAUAUCCUGAAUAACAGGCCAGUUAAGAACAAAAUGUGCUCAUAGGAAUGUUUCUUCUUGAGGCCUUGUGUCCUUUCUUUGUGUAUUUUGUCAAAUGUUAAGUGUGUGCAGUGGGAUUUAAACUUGAGUGUGUUGUUUGACAUUCCCGGAGAACAUGAGAUGUUUCGUGGUGUGUGUGUUGUUUUUUUUACCCGAGUACAAUCUGUUUUAACCCCCAGCUUCAGAGGAUGAACAGCUGAUUCUUUCUGGUGAUUCAAUGCUGCUUCUUUACAGUUUUCCUUAGUUAUUAUUCACUAAAUGUGUCUCCAAAAACUCUUUGGAAGACACCUCUACAAAUUAAAUCAGUGUGUCUGCAACUCUUUGAGAAAUGAAGCUAUGGAAACAGUAAAAUCAAAUGUAAAACAGUUUGGCAUCAUUUUAACAUGGUCUGUUGGGAGUCAAAUCAGUGCUGUCCUUCAGAGAUUUCUAUCUAAUGAUGUUUUGAUAUGUUAUAAAGUUUUGAAAAGACUUUAACAACGAAAGAGUUGAACUGACAGCACAUUCCUUUAUCUGAGAUUUCUGAGGCUUUUAAAUGUUGAUUUGUUUCCACUUAGAAUAAACUGAGUUCCUUUCUACCUCUCA